AUGCAAAUCCUGCCCCAGUUCACAGAGGACUUCUCGUCCUCUGAUCCUUUACCCUUCCUCUCUCUCCCAGAGUCCUAUAGCAAAUGGGCACAGGAAGGUGGCAAGUUGCUGAAAGGUGAGGAGUGUGCGCCCCACUCCCAGCCAUGGCAAGUGGCCCUCUACGAGCGUGGACGCUUUAACUGCGGUGCUUCCCUCAUCUCCCCACACUGGGUGCUCUCUGCGGCCCACUGCCAAACCCGCUCCAUGACAGUGCACCUGGGUGAGCACAAUCUGCGCAAGCGUGAUGGACCAGAGCAACUGCGGGCUGUUUCUCGAGUCAUCGCACAUCCUGGCUACGAAGCGCGAAGUCACCGCCAUGAUGUCAUGUUGCUGCGGCUGGCCCACCCUGUGCGCCUGACCCCCCAGGUGCACCCUGUGACGCUACCCACCCGUUGCCCUAGCCCGGGUGAGGCCUGCGUGGUGUCUGGAUGGGGCCUGGUGUCCAACAAUGAGCCUGGGACCACAGGGAGCCCGGAAUCACAAGUGAGUCUCCCAGAUACACUGCACUGUGCCAACAUCAGCAUUAUCUCAGACACAUCUUGUAACAAGGACUACCCCGGGCACUUGAUGAACACCAUGGUGUGUGCAGGAGCAGAGGGCGGAGGCACGGACUCCUGUGAGGGUGACUCUGGGGGACCCCUGGUCUGUAGGGGUGUCUUGCAGGGCAUUGUGUCCUGGGGUGACGUCCCUUGUGACACCACCACCAAGCCUGGUGUCUAUACCAAAGUCUGCCACUACUUGGAGUGGAUCAGGGAAAUCAUGAAGAGGACCUGACUA